CAGCUUUACAACUUUAUAUUGCUUUAUAUCUGCUUGACAUCUCGGUUCGUGGGGCAGAGUAACAUUUUUUUUCUGCCAGAUCCGUUUAUUUUGUACGAAAACGCGUCGAAUGAUCUUAAUUUUGUUAAAAUUGGAGGUAGUGGAGGUAAUCUGGAUAAUUACCAAUAAUAUUACAAAGAAAGUUCUGUAAAAGAGGAAUUUUAAGAAGAAAGCUCCGCAAUAGCAACUGAUUGUCCAUAUAUAAUCAAGUAGUGCAGAGUUAAGUGUCUGUUAAAUUCACUACGUCUUUGGCAAGAAUAUUCAACAGAAAAGAAUUUCACAAUAAUUUUCUCUUAGAAUGGAAUGUGGUCAUACCUACAAGCUGUAAGAGUCUUGCAAGGAAUAAUGCUCCUAAAUAAAGAGAAAUUUUUAAAUUAAUUUAUCAUUUAUUUAUUAUCAUUCAUAAAUUAAUUUGGAAGAGAUUAAGCAAAGCACAUUAUUUCUCCAAAAAUUAAUACUGAAGAGAAAAGAAGAUGGACCUGCUUUAUACUGUUAACAGAAGGAGUUCCUCCAAAUUUUUCUCCAAUCAAGAAUGUUUAUACAAUGGACAAUCGUUAUGUUCCUUAUCCAGUCGAAAUAUAGUGGCAUUUACUACAAUGACAGAAUUAGAUGAUAGCAGUGGCAAGACAUGGGGUUGCCACGUCUAUGUGGCAGAUUUGAAUAUGCCGUGGCAUGCUCACAAAGUGCUCUCAAAUAAGCACAACAUAACUGCAUUAGAAUGGGAUCUACCUGGUGACAAGUUGGUGAUGGCAGAUACAGCUGGAAAUGUACAAUUAUGGAUGUUCAAGGACCAUAUUUUAAAUGAUUGGGUAUUAAUAGGUUCCACGUACUUUCCUGGCGAGCACAUAUUAGGCGCAGCUUGGUUUCAUAAUGGCAAAAAGACAGGACUAGUGACGGAAAAGAAAGAUAGCAUCCACUAUAGUGAAAAAUUUAAUCACUUACUGUUCGCGCCUUCUGUGAGGCAAUUCGGCGGAAGAGCCGCCGAAGGCGUGCUAGUAGUGUCGACGACGGGCAUGGUUGGCGCAAUCAUGAUCACGAAAGAUCAUCAAAAUCCAAUUUGUUUCUCGACAGAAAGUCUUGGCAAUACGAGACACAGGAUAACCGCGGUCGAUUUGUGCUAUGGAAAAAAUGGCCAUUUUCUCGUCGCGGUUAGCAGUGGUAGCAUCUGUCUGCCCAUAAGAUGUUUUAGAGUAUUGGUGCGUAAGAAUGACGACAAGUGCACUAUCACCUCGCAAGCUUUACCCAGCUUUUUUCUACAGGAUGGGGCGCCUAAAGACAAUUCAUGUACAGUGACACAUUUAAAGUUUGUGGUCAGAGAAGAUGCCGAUUCUCUGGUCAUCGCGGCAAACAGCGAGAGCGGCGGAUUUGUCGAGGUUUGGGAAUUGAGAGAGAAGUCGCAACCAGUUCAUAAAUUAUUCCAACCAAAGACUCUAGAACCUUUCAAGACGGUUGUUUGGCAGUAUCAAUCGCAGUAUCGCUGUCAGUCGCCGGUUACGGCGAUAGCGACAACAAAACUGUCCAUAGUAACAACUUUACCACCUCCGAGUUACGUGAUAAUAGCAUUGGCGGACUCGUCUGUGCACUGCUUGAAUCGUUUAGACUGUCUGAAGGAGGUGGCGUUCUCAUCCUUAAAUACAAGCUGGCGUCCGGAUGAACCAAGUAAUAAGUACUUCAAGAGCUCUGUAUCUAUCGCUCAUAUGGAUCUCUCGUGGCUGGGAUGUGUGCUUCUUGCGUGCGACACUCACGGCAAUCUGUAUCUCUAUAAAUUGUUGCCGGACGGCACCACAGGAACAUCGAUGUCACUGAGCUAUGCCUGUACAUUACUGGAGUAUUGUUUGGUGACGGGAUUGGAUUGGUUGGAUAUACUUUUAUGUCUGAGAUCGUCCAUGAUCGAAGCACUGUGCGAGCGAUUGGAUGCCUCCUUCAACAGGCAAUUACAAUCUACUCAGCAAUAUCAUUAUAUUCAAUUUUUAUGCAUCAAGACGUCCUUAUAUAGGAUGCUUGUGACCGGACAAAACAAGGCAGCGGAUUUAUCAUCGUUAUUGAUGAUACAUUCGGUAGCUACCGCCUUUAAAUCUUUACUGAGACCAUCAGAUCUAAUAUCCUACGACAAAGGUCCAGCGGAGAGUUUAGCCACGGUGAUAACUGACGUCGUUACUGAUGUUGACAAGGUAUUGCUGCAUCUCGAUCCUAAAGAGUUUACGGUAGAACCAAGCACAUUACAAUCACUGCAGCAACUUAUUCAAUGGGUUGCUGACUUAGCUUUAAACCUACUAGCCAGAUUACCCGAGCAGAGGAUGCAAGUAAAGGCUGGUGGGUAUGAGCUUCUUAAGGAUCACAAGGCCUUGAAUACUGUUCGCGAGCUGUUGGUUAUCAUACGCAUCUGGGGAUUACUUCGACCAUCUUGUCUUCCAGUAUUUCUUCGUAGCGCGGAGAGUCUGGAUGUUUUGGCCUUACUAUUUUGCUUGUUGUCAAAACUAGUGCAGCCUAACGGAGAUACGCAGCAACAAGUGGACGACGGCUUGAUUGAUGAAUGCUGCUUGCUGCCGAAUCAAAUCAUGAUUCCACAAUUGCAUCAAGGCAACAGCAUUACUGCCGUAGUCUCUCCAAUUUUGUUUUAUCAGAAUCUUCCGUUGCAGUUGGAAUAUGGAGUCGAACCCGAACAGUUGGUGUUUAUGCCUGAAAUGAAUUCCGUCGAAGGUUGUAUGCACAGCGGACAGAUUGUAGACACGAUACGACACUUGUAUUUGGGAAAACAACCGCUUCUGGUGAAGCAAUGCACAAGAUGCGGCGGUAAAGCGCAAGUACAGAACAUGACGAGGACAGCUGCGAUUAGAGCUUGGGAUCAACGAUGGAUGAGAGCUUGCCGAUGCGGCGGUAUUUGGCGAAUUCACAAAGCAUCUCAAUAAAGAGCACUUUAAAAUUUUUGUGUAAUGAUAAAGAGUUCAUAUUUUAAGGACCUUGUAAGCGACGUUAUUGUAACUCUGAAAAAUGGAAAUCCGCAUAAAAGAAGAUGUGAAUUGUGCUUUGAAAAAGAUUAAUAAUUGGAUUAAAGAAGACAUACAUGUAUAAAAAGGUAACAAAAAAUUAAAGAAAGGCUGUAUGUGUUCAAACAAUUUACCAGCAAAGUUAAAUCACAAGCUUUCUUUUAAUUAUUUUAUUCUAUAUUAUCAGCGAGAAUGUGUAAUUUUGUUUUUAUCAAUACGAAUCAAACUGGAGGAAAAUGCAAGAAUGAUGUAAAAUUAAUUGACGCAUUGUCACAUGAAUUAUUUUGUCAAAGAGAGUAAAAUAUAUUUGCAGAAAAGCGUUUAGAAAUGAAAUUGAUUGUAGCCAGAAUCACGAAAGAUUCGUCUUUUGUACGUUAAGCAUAUACACGAACUGUGAGAAUAUUCUCGUAAAUUAAUAGAUUUUACUUAAGAUAAAUUAAUAAUUUCGUGAAUUGAUAAUAAAUUAUUACGAGCAAAA